GUAAUAGCUCAACCCCAACAAACCCUUCGUUUCCAAAUCAAAAUGACAAGAAAGAUGGAGAUGCUGAAGUCAGAUAAUUAGACCACAUGUUCCUCCUUGCCAACCAAAACAAUCAAUUUGGCAGCCCCAUUUCCAAAAAUGGCAGAGCUUUCCAAAUUCGCUGAAGAGAUUAUUGUUGAAAUAUUGUCAAGGCUGCCUCCCAAAUCUCUGAUGCGGUUCAAGUGUGUCCGUAGGUCAUGGAGUACUUUGAUCAAUAACCCCAACUUUGCAGCCAAACACCUAUCCUCUUCGAAGGGCACCAAGCUCUCAUCAUCCUCCACCACCAUCCUUUUAAGCCGUUUUCUCAUUACAGACCUCAACCCUGUCGAGAUGGAAAUGGUAUUGUCAUUGUUCAAUGUUCGCAACGAUUUUGAUGGUUGCUUUCUUGAAGAUAUCCAUUUUCCGCAUUCGAUGGGUUUAGAGUGCAGGGGUGAAUUUAAAGCUACGGGUUUUACUUUUCAAAUGUCAUGUCAUUGUGAUGGGAUUAUAUGUCUUGCUGACUAUGGACAAAAACCUACCAUUGUUUUAUGCAAUCCAGCUAUCAAGGAAUUCAAGCUUCUUCCCGAGUCGCAGCUUGCUCUCUCUUCCCCGGGAUUUUUCCCUACAGCUGCCGUGGGUUUUGGUUGUGAUCUCAAGUCAAAAAAUUACAAAGUUGUUAGACUUAUACAUAGUGGAAGGGAUCAUAAUGAUCAAGUAAACUAUAACGUUAUAGUUAUUCAUCCUCCCAAAGCAGAAGUGUACAACCUUCUUACAGAUUCUUGGAAAGAAAUCAAGAGUGAUGGUUUAGUAAAGGAAAAUACUAUCGUUCUUCCUUAUUGGAAUGCUCAAACUAAUGGAAUAUACUUCAAAGGGAUUCUUUACUGGUGUGCACUGGAACACGAGAAGGUUUCAAAAGUUGCCUACGCUGGUGGUGAUGAGCAAAAUGAAACUGAAUUAAUGAAUGCACACAUCAUUUCGUUUGAUAUAGGUGAUGAAACAUUUCAUGUUACACAUAUUGGCUCAUAUGAUGAUUGUUUUUUAGUUGGUGAUGUGCUUGGAUUGUGGAAAGAAUCAAUUACUCUUUGUGUUCAUAGCAUGACUACCCUAAACAUAUGGGUAAUGGAUGACUUUGGUAGUGGUAAGGGUUCUUGGACAAAAUACUUGGCGUUCGAGCCGGUAGUAAAGAUCACAUCUCAACUUGCAUUAUUUGGAAAAAGCGAUGAGCAGUUUGCUUUGGUUGCCUGUGAUUUUUCUGUAGUAAUCCUCUACGACAUUUUUACCAACAAGUUUAACUAUAUUCCUCUGAAUGGCGCGCUUCUGCAUUGCACUCGAGCUGUUGAAUAUGUGAGCAGUAUAGUUUCAGUCAAAGAAGGAAAUAAGCUUGAUAUGGGAGCAUCAUGGGCGUUAUGACACAAUGGACUAGUCUUUUUCCAACAGUUCGUAGACCUGCUUGAUGUUUUUGUUUUGUUAUCCAUCUAUUGGAUUCUUAGCGUAUUUUAGUUUUUGCUGUAUUUUGCAUCUAGUUUCAAAUAUUUUCUUGUACUGGUCCUUGGCUGGGUGCCGUCUCCCGAACAAUAUUGUAGUAUCAUUUUUUUCUGCCCUUCUUUUUCUAAGGAACAUACAGGGCCGGCCCUGGGUAUAGGCCCAACAGGCCUGUGCCUAUGGCCCCCGGAAAAGAAAAAAAAAAAAAAAAAAAAAGCCUCUUUUUACAUAUAUCAAGCUUUCUCCCUCUUCUGUUCUUCUCAGUCUACUUCUCUGCAAUUUCUUCAACCAAAGUACUCACUGUCACGACCAUAUUUUCCCGCCUCUCUAUUGCUUGAUUUUCACUUAGAGCCUCAAAUCAAGACCCAUAGCUUGCUGAUGGAUUCAGUUUUAAUUUAUAAAUUUCUUUUUGACUAGAAAAGAUGAACAAACGACAGAAACGUACUUUUCGGGUUCUUAUUGUCUAGCUUACUGAUGCCUUUGGUUCCUCAUGAUUUUUUUUUUUCCUCAAACCGCUUUCUUUAAAUCUUAACCUUGGAUUGCUGGGUUUGUGCUUUUCUGGGUCAGUCGGGAUUCUCUUUUUGAUCACUUUUGUUUGUGUAAUUAAAUCUUGGCUAGCUGGAUUGGGGUCUUUUAUGAGUUGAUUGAUUUUGUUUUUCUUUCUCUCUGGGACUUUCUUUCAUAAACUUGAUUUAGAGUUAUCAACAAAUGCUUUGCACAUGUUUUUCCUGUAUUGAAAAAAAUCAAACGCUUUGCAUGGAGAGGGGUGGAGAAGAGUAAAGAAGGAAGACAGAUUCCUAUCUCAUCGCCUAGUUAAGGUUAAAGCAAAAGAGAGAUGCAUAAGAUAAAGCUUCAAGCUGAAAAUCUCAGGAAGCCUCACAUUUUUGAUUUGCCUAGAGCCCCGGAAAUCUUAGGGUCAACCCUAGGAACAUAGUCUGAUAAUUUAGCUCAUGGGCGGCCCUGUGAGUUUGGAGGCUCAAGGCGAAAAAAAUUUCGAGACCCUAAUAUAAUGAUCAUUCACCACCUACUCUGUUUCCUCACUUAUAUUCUCAUUCACAGAUUGACAUGUUACUUGAACUUUCUAGUAGGAGCCAUGAUAACAAAUUCAAACCCAAACAACAAUCCAAUAAAUUCAACAAUUAAAUCCGUAAAGAAUACAAUAUAGAAAGCCUCAGGCAUAUAGCAAAUUUUCAACAGAGAAGGAAUGGAACAGAGAUGAAACAUGCAUACAUCUAAAAUCCCUAAAAAACAAAGAUGAAACAGAUUCAUUGAUUAUUGUUAUGCAGCAUAUUAAAUAUAGCUCACAAGUCCUAAAUUUCAACAAAUCACGAUUUCAUAGUUACAUGACUCCAAACCAAAAUAGAGAAGGAAUGGUAUGCAAGAGCAUCAGAGACACAAAAAGAGAAGGAAAAAAGCCAAAAUUUCUUCAAAACAGAAAAGAGAGAGUUUCAAAGAUCUUACAGUUUUGCCUUUU